AAGUGCAGCAAGUGUGGUACCAAGCGUCCUAAAGAAAUGUUUAUUUGGAAUAGUAUUAGAUAUUUGAUAUGUAUAAAAUGUAAAGAAAGACACGGCAGAAGAAAAAAGAAAAAUCAAAGUUCUUUAACAAAAACUACAAAUCCUACCAAUGUUGAAUCAGUUGCACAAUUUUCUACCAAUACUGAAUCAAUUACUCAACCUGAAACUAAUAAUCAAGAAAUUGAAUAUGUUGAUAAUAAUGCAUAUGUUGAAAUCAAUUGUCUUGAACUAACAGCAAGUGUAAGCACUAAUGAAGUAGCCGAUAUAGAUUAUCAAAUACACCUAUUAGUAAAUAUAAAUAUAGAUGAUCAAAACAUGAUAGCAAAAGAAAUAGCUAAGCUUGUUAUUAUUGAAAUUGAAGAAGAGGAUAAUUAUAUAUGGAU